AUGGAUCUUACCCGUCGAAAUUCGCCGGCUACACAAACCCCAACUCCGCCAAAGAGUAUGAAGAAGUCUUUAUCUAACGUCGGAGAAGUUGCCGGGGGAACAGCGGCGAAUUGUGCUGUAGUCACGUGUUGUUGCCCGUGCGUUAUGUUUGAGUGUAUACUUUUAGUCGUCUAUAAAGUUCCGGCGAGUAUUUUCCGGCGAAUAUGGCGGAAGAAACGACAAAAGAGAUUGAUAAAUAAAAAUGUAGGGUUUUUGAAAGAAGAAGAAAGCGGAUGUUCCAGUGUAGGUGAGGUAUACGAUAAGAGAUAUGUUGAUGAAGUAUCUGACGUUGAUUUGAAAGAGUUUGAGAUGAUUAAGGUUUCUAUUGAUGGAUCUGCGGUUGAAUUGGAUAAACAGAUGUGGGAUCGGUUUCAUAAUACAGGGUUUUGGAGAAGUCCUUCCCAGAGAGAUUAG